UCUUUAAAAGAAGACCAGUGAGGUCUGAGUCGGGUACACAAUUUCUUUGACUCCCGCUAAGAGCUGCUGUAGCGGCUGCAUCUGUUUUCAGGACCAGUGCCUCACAAAGCCUCACAAUGUGUAACCGAUUUGUGGGAACCUGGAAACUCGUCUCCAGUGAAAAUUUUGAUGACUAUAUGAAAGAAUUGGGAGUGGGCUUAGCUACCCGGAAACUAGGUGGUCUGACAAAGCCUGAUGUGAUCAUCAGUAUGAAAGGGGACAUAGUAACCAUCAGAACUGAAAGCACCUUCAAAAAUACAACAAUCUCUUUCAAAUUGGGCCAGCAGUUUGACGAAACAACAGCAGAUGACCGGAAAGUCAAGAGUGUCAUAACCCUGGAGAAAGGGGCCUUGGUGCAAGUGCAGAAGUGGAAUGGCAAAGAAACCACGAUAAAAAGAAGACUGGUUGAUGGGAAAAUGGUGGUGGAAUGUGCCAUGAAAGGAGUUAUCUGCACUAGAGUCUAUGAAAGAGUGUGAAGAAAUUGCCUCUCUGCACCAGACUGGGACUGGCUCUUAAAACUCAGCUUAGUUCAGUGACCAAAGCCUCAUGCACUGUGCUUUUUAUUUUAUUUCCUUUUAUUGGGAAAAUUACUACACUAUAAUUUGAUAUUUCAGAGCCAUAGUGUGACUAAUCCAAAGGAUUGUGGUGAUCCAAUAAAAGCUUCUCGACACAUAAAACAGUGUUUGUCUCAAUAUAAAUGAAUGAAGUUUUCUUUCUUCAAUGAUGCCAUCUUUCCUGUUGUUCUUGCCUGUAUAAAUGGUCAGAUUAAUUCUGAGUAAAACACAACUAGUAUGUCUCUGAGAAAUGUUUAAUGCUACUUCCUUGAUAUGUGUAAAAAUUGUUAUCUCAAGGGUUCAAUAUUCCUUUCCUGUAAAAGAUUUUAUUGCUGAAUAUUUCCUAUAGGAAAAAUCAUCUUUACUGCCACAAUGUCUUACUUUCAGUAUGAUUGAGCAUUUCAGUCUUACGGUUUUACCACAUUAUUGUUUCACUCUCUUCUCUAAUUGUUUAUAUUUCUUUCAGUACCAUUUUUUAUAACCUGACUUUUUUUGAAAAAGAACAUCUACUAGAUGAAAAAAAUAUUAGAAUAUAUUCCAUAUCUCUCUGCCGAAAGAGCUCUCGACCCUUGAAAUUAAGUAACAUAAGCAAUAAAGCUGCCUGUGAGCUAUAAAGGGCCCUGCUGGGACCCCAAAGGAAAAUGUCUCUUUUCCUAGGUUUAGAUUGGCUGUUAGAAAAAAUUUCUUCACUGAAGCAGUUAUCAAGCACUGGAACAGGCUGCCCAGAGAAGUGUUAGAGUCACCAUCCCCGGAGGUGUUUAGAAGACAUGUAGAUGUGGUGCUUAGGGACACAGUUCAGUGGUGAGUUUGGCAGUGUUAGGUUAAUGGUUGGACCUAGAUUUCUGGAAAACUAAUAAAAAACCACAACAGUUUAUUAAUUUUUGCCUCCAUUAGCUCAUGUUCAGUAACACCACAACAUUCAUGCUAACCACAUGAAAUGGAGUAUUCCAUCCCUUAUCGUCUCCCUGCCCUCACAUAGGGUUCUCCCUGACUUCUGUGUGGGAUUAAAACAACUAUGAGAGAUAUGUGUGUUUAUUUUGGCUUGUUAGAAACUGUAGUGCUGAUGUGAACCUUUGCCUACUGGUUUUACAGUCAAGAACACAGAUUCUCAAGGUUAGGAAAGAACCUGAUCUUCAGAAUAUGAAUUGAUGUGGCCAAGCAGGUAGUUAAGAGGCAGGUAUUGUAUGUGAAAGCAAAAUGUAAAGGUCACAUUCCUACUCUACCCAUCACUGAAAAGCCAGAGGCUUGGCCCAGUUUUGGAUACACUUUUGUAUAGAUAUAAACUAACUGGAGGCAGCUGCCAGAAAACAAACAGGAUGAAUUCUGGAAGAUAUGAGCUGUGAGAGAAGGCUGUGAGAUUUAUGGAGAGCAGUUUUAAGGAGGAGUUUAUCCCGUUCUCUAACCCAGGUUCAGGGACAAAUUCCCCAUCUUUAGCCUUUGACAUUAACACUCAGCACUGUGAGUGUCAGAGUUUCUUGUGACUCUAAGUCCUCAGUGGGUAUAAUAAGGAAUGGAGGCAGCGUGAUAUUCCUGGUAUGAAUUUUUGCAGACAGAUUGUAAUAAAAUAUUUUAAGUGAAGAUCAUCCACCAGGCUUCUAUAAAAACAGUCAUAUAACAUGAACGGUUGUUUUGUGUGAGCUUCCAAUUUAUUAUCCUAGACUCUUGACAGAGAGCUGAAAACACCUUGUAGCUCAGAAUCUGCCGCGUCCUGAAACUGACUUAUGAAUCUGGAUUUUUGACCUGUAGUUUCUUAAUCCCCCUCCUUUGCAGUGCAACAUGGUCACAGAGAGGUUGCUGGAGCUGCCCAUCUUGGCCCAGCUCUGUGAACGUGGGAGUUGUCCAGAGCCAUUCAAGCACAACUCAUCUCCUGUCCCUGAGCCACAGGCAAAGGAACAGCUAUGGCUGUAAACAAGCUUUGUAUUUCCUUUGC